ACAUCCGUGGGAACACAAUGCGCGAACCGCUGCCUCUCAAACGACAGUCUGAUAAGGGCCGCGCGCUUCCUCGCGCCGCGCACGUAAGCGAGGGCGUUCAAGCGGGCCGGGAAGAGCAGCGACGAAGACGUGAGCCGCGACGUCAGCGGCGUAGCGCUCGCACCCGGAAACCACCAUCGCGGGAAAGUUUGAAAAAGGGGUGCGCGCGAUAAGCGGAGGUGAGAAAGCGUUCGCCCCGAGCGCCGGCGUCACAUCACCUGCAGAAGCGUGCGGAGUGUAAGCGAGACGCCGUGCAUCAUCGUGGCCGCGCGUGUGUAUUUUUGUUUUCCCCGCGCCGACCGACCCCGAGCCCUCCCUCCGCCCGUGCCGAGGAGAGGAGUCGCAGAAAAGUCAACCCGAGCAGCGCGCGGGUAAUUUUCGACAGGAAGGGAGAGGGACCGACACACGAGAGGAGAGCGCUGGCCGGCGGCCGCUGUCCGGAGUCCCCACCGAAACGUCAGUCGCACAGAGGCAGCGGUCAGGCUCGGACCUGUGCGCCCCCCGGGUCGUCGUGCCAGUGAGUCGGCCUCUGCAGCCUCCUCUGGACGAGCACGCCGCCGUGACCACGAUGCGCGGAGGCGGCGGAGCAACCAUCCUCCUGAUGCUCGCCAUCGCCCAAGGAACGCCCACCGAGCGGAGCAAAUACUUGCCCAUUGUGUUUCCCGAGGAGAAGCCGCCGUGUCCCGCUGGCCUCGUGUGCCGGGACAUCACGCUAUGCUCGUCGGCCAUCAACCAGGUACGCAGUGGCGGCAGGCCCACCAUAUGCGGCUGGAACCGACACGUGGCCAAGGUGUGCUGCCCGCAGGACUCCAGGGUCGGCACGGGCCGCCCUUAUACGCCAGAGUUCAUCGCCUUCCGCAGGCCUUCGGAAUGCGGAAUCCUGGUUGUUCCACAAGUCAACGCUUCAGCCACGACGAAGAUACCGAAAACGUCCACGCUCAAGACGUCCACCAGUCGUGGGAGUACCUCGCGGUCUACGAGUUCGAGUUCGACGCGGUUUCCGUCGACCGUCAAGAAGAGCUACGUAUACUCGACGGCGACGUUUCAUACAAAGGCGGACGCGAAUGCGAGCCGGCAGGGAUCAGUGGCACCACCAGUCCGGGGCCACACACAGCCCACGCUGCGGCCCAGCGCAAACUUCGGGUACAACGUGAACCAGCGGAGUACGUCCGCCUACCUGACCACGACGCCACCGUACUCGGCGCGGGCGUCACCGCCGCAGCGGCAGGUCCCCGCGGCAGCGGCAGCUGCUCCGGCGGUUCCGGUGGUUCCAGUGGCUCCUGUGGUUCCGGUUGCGGCUGCGUCGGCUGGUGUGGUCCCGGUGGUUCCGGCGGCGCGGAACCCGGCGCCUGCACCCCCGCCCGCACCGUCCGGUGGUGAUCACGUGCACUACAGCGUCUACCAGAGCAACCAGGUGGUGAGCAGUCACAACCAGUACGAGUACACGGAGUUCCGAGGCUCCUCCGGCGACCGGAACUACGUCUCCAACGGUGGCGGCAACCACCACCAGUAUUGGGAGCCGCCGCCGCAGAACCACCAGGGCUACGCUAACGGCGGGGAGCGCGCGCCCAACGACUGGUACAGUUACAACACGUUCGCCAAGAGGCAGGCCCGCUCCAUCCGCGACUGGGGCAAAGGGUCGCGCGACGACAAAUACGGCAACGAUGUUCUCCUCAAGAAAGGCUUCUCCAAGGAGGGCUUCUCUAAGGAGGACAAGAAACGGCGCUACGGCUGGGCGCCUAAGAAGAAGGUGGGUGUUGUCAGAGCGAGGCCGCCGGGCACUACGCACCGUCCGCGGCGCACCAAGCGGACGGGAAAAGUGGACGCCCGCGUGCCGGACCCGGACCUCAUCAAAGCCAUCGCCCCGGCGGUCAGCCUCGUCGUGGGAGGCCAGGCGGAUUACAACACCUGGCCCUGGAUGGCGGCCAUACUAAUGGGCAGCGAGCUCAAGUUUCUCUGUGGUGGAUUUCUGAUCAACGAUCGAUACGUUUUAUCAGCGGCGCACUGCUUCGAAAAGUACAGGCCCUCGCAGAAGUACGGCGUUCGCCUGGGACAGAUUCGCGUGGACGAAGGUCGCGUGUACAACGUGGAGAGGUUCGUGCAGCACGAAGACUACGUGCGCCGAGAGUACUACAACGACAUCGCGCUGCUGCGUCUCACCGAGUCCGUCCCGCUGGCGCUCAUCAAGCCCGUCUGCCUGCCCGGCCCGGACCUCUCCCGCUCUGACUUGGUCGGCAAGGAGGCCACCGUCCUCGGAUGGGGAGACACCAUGUUCGGUGGUCCACGCAGCGACAUCCUGCAGGAGGUAAACGGCCUGCCCGUGGUUCCAGUGAAGCAGUGCAAUGAGUCCUACUCCAAGCUACGGGGCAACCCAUUCCGCAGAGGCAUCACAUCCGAGUUCAUCUGCGCCGGCCUCCCUCAGGGUGGCAAGGACGCCUGCCAGGGUGACUCCGGCGGACCACUGAUGCUGGACCACGAGGGACGCUGGACGGCAGUGGGGAUCGUGUCUUUCGGUUAUCGCUGCGGGGUGGCCGGCUACCCCGGCGUGUACACACGUGUGUCGAGACACCUACAGUGGAUAGACAACAACAUAUACAUGGACUCCAUUGGCUACAACACCAUUGUGUGAGCCGCGGGAGCCGACGCGACCCAUCGCAGUGUACUGAGAGUGUGCCUUGACGCGUUUUUCGGCGCGGACUGUUCUCGGUGCCUCCAAGCCGGCCACUCCAAGACGACCGUGUCGGAGGGGACGAUCGCGUUGACGAAAGUCAAAUCCAUCGACUGACGCGACUCUCUGCUUCGGAGCCCGGAAUACGGCGACAUUUUUUCGGCGCGAGCGAGAGACUGUGUGGUUCGACCCGACCAGCUGUGCUGAUACCUACCAUACUUGUUGCACAGAAGAAAGAGGGAGUUUAGUCGAGGAGUAUUGCUAUGUAUGAUCUAGCAAGAAAAAGAAUGUGAGCAGGUGUUAAAAGUUUACCAUAAGUGUUUAUGCUCCUGUCAGAUGGAGUGUCAUUAGCGAAGCAGGUGUCACCAGAUGAAUUCAUUGUUGCUUUGGAUCAAAAGCAAUGCUCACUGUAGGCACCCCCACUUCUUGACAUCGUGCCGCUGGUGAUUACGUUUCAAUCACUGCCUAUGUUUUAAACAUGUGUCGUUGUGUUCACCCAGCAACGUACGCGUCAUUUUAAAUGUUCGGAAACCACCACCGGACACUGCCGUCCAGAACAAGCGUAUGGCUGUGCCAUCCUUGUGCGAACGAGUGCGUGAGCGUGUGUGCUCUGAGACGAGUGAAAGCUUGAACAAAGACUGGAAUAACUGCCAGAAACUACAACUUCCGUGUUGUUUUUCUUGUUUCGUACCCCUCCCCUCCCCCCUUCCCUUUUUUUUAACUGUAGCACAUUUUGUCCAAGGGCUUUACGUACGUACAAGAAAUAGAUGGCGAUAAACCGCGGUGCUGGACCUCACGGGAUAUCGCAAAGUGUCCUUCUUAAUACUCGGUGUUUGUUUGCACUGUAGCCGGAAUGAAAAUAAAAUAGGAAAACGCU